AUGCUUACCCCGAGCCCCGUCUUCAACCAGUCGGGUCCCACGGAGUUUGUGUUCCGCGCGUUCACGGCUGUCCCUGAACUCCAGGCCCUCCUGUUCCUCUUCUUCCUCCUGCUCUACUUGAUGAUCCUCUGUGGCAACACGGCCAUCAUCUGGGUGGUGUGCACACACAGCUCCCUCCGCACCCCAAUGUACUUCUUCCUGUCCAACCUGUCUUUCCUGGAAAUCUGCUACACCACCGUGGUGGUGCCUCUGAUGCUUUCCAACAUCUGGGGGGCCCAGAAGCCCAUCCCGUUGGCUGGCUGUGGUGCCCAAAUGUUCUUCUUUGUCACCCUGGGCAGCACCGACUGCUUCCUCUUGGCCGUGAUGGCCUAUGACCGCUACGUGGCCAUCUGCCACCCCCUGCACUACAUGCUCAUCAUGACCCAGAAGCUGUGCGUCCAGAUGGUGACGGGCGCGCUGGGCCUGGCCCUUUUCCUGUCCCUGCAGCUCACAGCCCUGAUCUUCACCCUCCCCUUCUGCGGCCACCGGCGAGAAAUCAACCACUUCCUCUGUGACGUGCCUCCCGUGCUGCGGCUGGCCUGCGCCAACACGCGCCUGCACCAGGCGGUCCUUUACGUGGUGGGCAUCCUCGUUCUGACCGUCCCCUUCCUGCUUAUCUGUGUCUCCUACGUGUUCAUCGCCCGCGCCAUCCUGCGCAUCCGCUCGGCCGAGGGCCGCCGCCGCGCCUUCUCCACCUGCUCCUCACACCUCACGGUGGUCCUGCUGCAAUAUGGCUGUUGCAGCCUGGUCUACCUGCGCCCCCCCUCUAGCGCCUCAGAGGACGAGGACCGCCAAAUCGCCCUGGUCUACACCUUCGUCACCCCCUUACUGAACCCCCUGAUUUACACUCUCAGGAAUAAGGAUGUCAAGGGAGCUCUGAGGAACGCCAUCGUCCACAAAGCUGCGUCCGGGACCAAAUGAAGGCUGCGGGG